AUAACAUAUAUUCGUUCAAAAUCAUCAAAUUAUCUACCAUUUUCAAGCAAUUCCUAUACAUCAUUAUCAAAAUUACAAUAUACACAAAUUGAUACAGGUGUUAUAUCAAAUCAAAGUUAUGCAUCAUUUGGUUAUACAACACUAUUUGGUGAUUUUAAUAAUGAUGGAUUAUCUGAUCUGGUUAUAUCAGCACCGGAUUAUUAUAAUUUAGGUUGUUCACAAGGUGGUCGUGUUUUUAUUAUUUAUGGAAAGAAAGAUCAAUUACCAAUACCAGAACAUAAUAUUAAUAUUAUUGAACAAAUAGCUAAUCAAACAUUAAUAUCACCUGAUUGUGAUGGUGAUCGAUUUGGAACUGGUUUAACUUCACUUGAUUGGAAUAAUGAUGGAUAUAAUGAUCUUGUUGUUAGUAGUCCAUCACAUGGUUAUGGUUAUCGUGGUGCUAUAUUUAUUUUUGCUGGUAGUAAAGACGGUCUUGAAACAAAACCAUUUGUACGUAUUGAUGGUGUUAAUGAACAUGAUUCAAUUGGAUUUGAAUUACAUGCAGCACAUCUUGAUAAUGAUACUCUAUUAGAUUUAAUUAUCACAAGUCCAUAUGCUCAACCAAAUGGUUAUGAUCAACCACAGCAAGGAGCUGUUUGGAUAUUUCUUAGUUCACAUCAAAUAUCUGACCGACAAAUAACAAUAAAUAAUGCAACAUUUACAAUCUAUGGUGAAAAUGCUAAAUCAAAAUUUGGUUAUUCACUUCAAAUUAUUCCUCCAUCAUGUAUUAGUCACAAAACAUCAUCACCAGCACUUUUAAUUAGUUCACCAAUGAAUCAAGGAAAAUUAUAUGUUUAUAUUAUUGAAUCUCAAGUCCGUCUUUUAAUGACACUUGAGAGUACACAAGAACAUGCACGUUUUGGACAAAGCUUUUCUAUUCAACAAGAUAAAUGUUUAUUAGCUGUUGGUUCUCCAACAGAAUUAAAUGAUUGGUAUGGUGUUGUAGAUAUUAUUCCAUUAUAUAGUCUUUUUAAUCAAUCAAAAAUUCAUCUUAAACUUCAUGAUAUUCCAAUUCUUAUUUCAAUACAUGGUCAUAAAAUUUUUCAACGUCUUGGUACAAAUAUUCAAUGGACAGCAAAUGGUGAUUUAGCUAUAUCAGCUCCAUUAGGAAAAGAAAAAAUCUUGCCAUUAGAAUUUGAAAAAUCUGAAGGUUAUGUUUAUAUUGUUCCAUCAAAUCGAAUUCCAACUCAACCUGAUCCAAAUAUUUAUUAUAUUGAUAAAAUAAGUUCAGUUACAUAUGCUGCUCAUAAUCGUUUGAAUCGAUUUGGUACUCGUAUGAAUAUUCUUUCUUCAAGAUUUGUUUCUUAUUUAGUUAUUUCAUCACCAUUUACUACUCUCUAUGAUGAUGUUCGUUUACCUGGAAUGUUAUAUUUUCAAGAAUUAAAAUUAUAA